CUAAUAAAAAUAAUUUAUUAAAAAAAAGUAAUCAUUUUUUUUGUUUUAACCAUUUGAAUCUUAGUUAUUCAAAAUUCAACCCAAAAUUCCCACAAUGAUGAAAUGAAGAUCCGUAAUGCGGUGGCGCUUAACGUUCAAUUUCAAACACAACCCACCCCCUACAGAAACCUCUUUAAAACCCUCGGCGGAGGACUCGACGUCGCCGCCUAUGGCUCCACCAUUCAACACUGCACCAACCACCGCCUCGUCCGUCAAGGAAAACAGCUCCAUGCGCGCCUCUUCCCAUUCUCCAUCAUACCCGACAAUUUCCUCGCCUCAAAGCUCAUCACCUUCUACUCCAAAUGUAACCUCACACCAGAAGCUCGCAACGUGUUCGACAAAAUUCCCCAUAAAAACACAUUCUCCUGGAACGCCAUGCUCAUCGCUUACUCCUCCAACUCCUUCUUCAACGACGCGGUUAACCUCUUUGCAUCGUUCGUUUCCUCCACGGACACAGGUGUAUCUCCCGAUAACUUCACCGUAACCUGCAUCUUGAAGGCACUACCCUCGUCUUCUUCGUCGUCUCAUAAAUCAGCAGAAGGGAUUCACUGUUUUGUUCUUUGCCGCGGAUUCGACUCAGAUGUUUUCGUUCUCAACGCGUUGGUCAUGUGUUAUUGCAGGUGCGGUAGGACUGAAAUGGCGAGGAAGGUGUUUGAUGAAAUGACAGAUAGAGAUAUCGUGACAUGGAACUCCAUGAUUGGUGGUUAUUCUCAGAGUGGAUUAUACCAAGAAUGCAAGAGAUUAUACUUGGAGAUGUUAGGUGUGGAAGGCAAAGGGAUUGUACCAAAUGCAGUUACUAUUGGUAGUGUGAUGCAGGCGUGUGGACAAUCAAAGGAUCUUUCAUUUGGAAUGAAAGUUCAUCAAUUUUUGAAGGAUAAUGGAAUUGAGACGGAUGUGUUGCUUCAUAAUGCUGUAGUUGCUAUGUAUGCAAAGUGCGGAUGUUUGGAUUAUGCUCGUGAGUUGUUUGAUGAAAUGAGUGAAAAGGAUGAGGUUAGUUAUGGAUCGAUUAUUUCUGGGUAUAUGAUUAAUGGGUUUGUAGACAAGGCUUUGGAUGUUUUAAAGGGAAUGGAAAACCCUGGAUUGAGCACUUGGAAUGCUGUGGUUUCGGGUAUGGUUCAGAAUAACCAGUUUGAAGGGGCGUUGGAUUUGGUUAGAGAAAUGCAGGGAUUUGGUUUGAAAUUGAAGCCAAAUGCUGUUACACUAGCCAGCAUUUUUCCUUUGUUUUCGUGUUUCUCAAACCUUCGAGGGGUGAAAGAGUUACAUGGUUAUGCAGUCAGAAGAAGUUAUGACCGAAGUAUAUAUGUAGCAACUGCCAUUGUUGACACUUAUGCAAAAUUGGGGUUUAUUCACGUUGCAAGGCGGGUUUUUGAUCAAUCGCGGAGCAGGAGCUUGAUAAUUUGGACUGCAAUUAUAUCUGCUUAUGCUGCCCAUGGAGAUGCUAGUUUGGCACUUGGUCUGUUUGAUCAGAUGCUAGAUAGAGGAAUUCAGCCGGACCCAGUGACAUUAACUUCUGUGUUGACAGCUUGCGCUCAUUCCGGGCUGGUGCAUGAAGCUUGGAAUGUCUUCAAUGACAUGCCUUCAAGAUGUGGGAUUCAACCUGUGGUGGAGCACUAUGCCUGCAUGGUUGGUGUUCUUAGUCGAGCUGGAAAGCUCUCGGAAGCAGCAAAGUUCAUUUCUGAGAUGCCAGUUGAGCCAACUGCUAAAGUUUGGGGUGCUCUGCUGCAUGGAGCUUCUAUCUACGGGGACGUGGAAAUGGGAAAGUUUGUUUGUGAUCAUUUGUUUGAGAUUGAGCCUGAAAAUACAGGGAAUUACAUAAUUAUGGCAAAUUUGUAUUCACGUGCUGGGAGAUGGGGAGAAGCUGGUAAGAUUAGGGAAAUGAUGGAUAAAAUUGGAUUGCAGAAAAUCAGGGGAAGUAGCUGGAUUGAAACGAAUGGAAGGUUACUAGAGUUUAUUGCCAAGGACAUGUCAAAUGAAAUGUCUGAUGAGAUUUAUGCAUUGCUGGAAGGUUUGCUUGGUUUGAUGAGGGAAGAAGGAUAUAUCUUGCAGGAAGAGUUGGAUUAUGAGAUGUGAUCCUAGUUUCCAUUGAAACUGAGUAGCACUCAACUUGUCCGUUGUAUGUGGCCAGAACAAAAAAAAGGACAUUCAAUCUCAGAGGUGUGAUGUGUUUGAAAAACACCCAAAUUAUGGUGGUAAAUCACAGUGGCAGUUGUCCACCUCUCAACCAAACACAUGCUUGUAGCAAUUGUAUGGAAGGUUUUUAGUUGCGGUUGUGACCGUGGUCGUGAAUAUUGCAGAUAACCGCAAUUAAAUAUUGAGAAUGCAGCAUUCAAAUAUAGUUGCUUGCAUUCAUAGAACAUCAAAAUGUUCAAUGUCGUGGUCACAAACUUUUGUUUAAACCCUACAUCUAUCUCAAUGCUCUGCAAAAAUGUCAAGCUGAACUAGGUGCUUUGGGCUAUAGGUUGAAUUUUUUUUCCACUUCAACUUUAUGGAAUUGAGAUUGAUACGGCAUGGAACGAUGAGAUGGCGACUAACAUUUUGUGAAAAAUUGGAACCAAAAAAGAUAAUAUAUGUUGACAGUGGCUCCACGUAUAUGAUUUUUUUAGAAACCACCAAAUUGGUGAGAUGAGGCAUUGGAAGGAACGCAUUAUGCAUUGAUUUUGGUACAGCCAGCCAGCUGUAGUAAUUGAAUAAUCAUAAGGAAACAUACUAGUACUAUUUGUUUGAUAUUUUUAGUAUUUUAUUGAGGGGUUUCUAUUGGGUUUACCUUUUUCUUUUGAAAGCAUCUAUGCAUGAUAUUUUCAUAUUAAUUUUACAAGUUUCCUUUUUACCAUCUUUAAUUCAUUCUUGUCUUUUCUUUCUAGUUAAGCAUCCAAUAUCUGUGAAGUAUAUUUUCCUAUAAUCAUAACACGGUGGCCAACUAAUGUUGUUCUUCUU